GACGGCUAUUUAAGUUAUUUUUCUAUUUUUAGAAAGAAAAGGGAAUUUAGAAAAGUAGUUCAAAAAUUACUGGACAGACAAUGGAUAAGGAGCUAAAAGAUCAAAAAUGAACCAGUGACUAAUGGCUAAGUAAAGUGGGAUAGUUGUUCAACUACCCUUUAAACUAUUUUACUGAUCAAGAAUGGCAGAGUUCUUGAGCAACAGUUUUUGUCAGUUAUCUUUGUACUCAAUCAAGAUUAAGUCUUUUAGAGUAAAUGAAGCAAGAACAUUAAUGCCAAGGACAUUUGGGUGCUUGUUUACUGAAGAUAAGCAAAGGGCUAUAGUUAAGUAUGGGAAAGAUUCAUUGGAUAUAUGUAGAGUUGUCAAUGGGAUGUGGCAGACUAGUGGUGGAUGGGGAAGAAUAGAACGAGAUAGUGCAGUUGAUGCGAUGCUUCAAUAUGCUGAUGCUGGACUUAACACUUUUGACUUGGCUGAUAUAUAUGGACCUGCCGAAGAUCUUUAUGGUAUCUUCAUUAACAGAGUACGCAGAGAGCGCCCACCAGAACUUCAAGAAACUGUGAGAGGUCUUACCAAAUGGGUGCCACCACCAGUCAAGAUGACCCGCAGUUUUGUCAGUGAGAGCAUUGAUGUUUCAAGAAGAAGGAUGGAUGUUGCAUCCUUGGACAUGCUUCAAUUUCAUUGGUGGGACUACUCUAAUCCUGGUUACUUAGACGCAUUAAAGCAUCUCACAGAUCUCAAAGGAGAAGGCAAGAUUAAGACCAUUGCUUUGACUAAUUUCGACACUGAGAGAUUAAGGAUAAUUCUGGAAAAUGGGAUUCCGGUUGUUAGCAAUCAGGUACAACAUUCAAUCGUUGACAUGCGCCCUCAACAGAAAAUGGCAGAGCUUUGUCAGCUUACAGGAGUCAAGCUUAUAACGUAUGGAACAGUAAUGGGAGGAUUAUUAUCUGAAAAGUUCCUCGAUACCAACUUAACGAUACCAUUUGCUGGCCCUCCAUUGAACACUCCUUCACUACAGAAGUACAAAAGGAUGGUUGACGCUUGGGGCGGGUGGAGUCUGUUCCAAGAGUUGCUCAGGACACUGAAAAAUGUGGCUAACAAACAUGGAGUCUCCAUUCCAACAGUUUCUGUGAGAUAUAUACUGGAUCAGCCAGCCGUGGCAGGCUCAAUGAUCGGGGUUAGGCUCGGUCUGUCACAACACAUUAAAGAUGCCAACGCGGUGUUUUCUCUUGUUCUUGAUGAAGAAGACAUUAGCAGCAUCCUACAAGUUACAAACAAAGGUAAAGAUCUUCAAAAAAUUAUUGGCGACUGCGGAGAUGAAUACAGGCGUGCUUAGAGCCACAGCUGCGGAGAAAUUCACUUGAUAUGUAUAAAUUAUCUACUAUCAAGAAUCCUAUAAGCGAAAAGCGUUAUGUUUUAGAAUCAAUACACUUCAAAUCUUAAAUACGUCUCUGUAGAGAGCCAUCAAAGGAGUCAUUUUUUUA